CGGCUCCUCUCAGCGGCGGUGGCCCAGGCGGAGGAGUCCGCGGUGGCGGCGGUGGCGGCGCUGUUCCCCGCGCGGUCCGCGGAGCGGGGUCCGGGCUGUGCGACGUCGGGCGGCGGCGGCACUGAGGCCCCGGCCCGACCCCGACCCCGGGUCCCCUCCUCGGCCGCCCCCCGCCCACAGGCUGCCCCUUGGGCCCUGCGUCCCUUCCCCCGCUGGCGGGGCCCGGACAGAAGAUGGUGCAGAAGAAAACAGCCGAACUUCAGGGCUUCCACCGAUCAUUCAAGGGGCAAAAUCCUUUCGAGCUGGCCUUCUCUCUAGACCCGGACCACCACGGGGACUCUGACUUCAGCCCACCGUGCGAGGCCCGCCCUGACAUGCCUGCCAGCCAGCCCAUCGACAUCCCAGACGCCAAGAAAAGAGGCAAGAAGAAGAAGCGGUGCCGCGCUACUGACAGCUUCUCAGGCAGGUUUGAAGAUGUGUACCAGCUGCAGGAGGAUGUGCUAGGGGAGGGGGCCCAUGCUCGUGUGCAGACCUGCAUCAACCUCAUCACCAACCAGGAGUAUGCGGUCAAGAUCAUCGAGAAACAGCCAGGACACAUCCGAAGCCGGGUGUUCCGGGAGGUGGAGAUGUUGUACCAGUGCCAGGGACACAGGAACGUUCUAGAGUUGAUCGAGUUCUUCGAGGAGGAGGACCGCUUCUACCUGGUGUUUGAGAAGAUGCGGGGUGGCUCCAUCCUGAGCCAUAUCCACAAGCGGCGACACUUUAACGAGCUGGAGGCCAGUGUGGUGGUACAGGACGUAGCCAGCGCCUUGGACUUCCUGCACAACAAAGGCAUCGCCCACAGAGACCUAAAGCCUGAGAACAUCCUCUGUGAACACCCUAAUCAGGUCUCCCCUGUGAAGAUCUGCGACUUUGACCUGGGCAGCGGCAUCAAACUGAAUGGGGAUUGCUCCCCCAUCUCCACCCCCGAGCUGCUCACUCCGUGCGGUUCCGCAGAGUACAUGGCCCCCGAGGUAGUGGAGGCCUUCAGCGAGGAGGCUAGCAUCUACGACAAGCGCUGUGACCUGUGGAGCUUGGGCGUUAUCCUCUACAUCCUGCUCAGCGGCUACCCGCCCUUCGUGGGCCACUGUGGCAGCGACUGCGGCUGGGACCGUGGCGAGGCCUGUCCUGCCUGCCAGAACAUGCUGUUCGAGAGCAUCCAGGAGGGCAAGUACGAGUUCCCGGACAAAGACUGGGCCCACAUUUCUUUCGCUGCCAAAGACCUCAUCUCCAAGCUGCUCGUCCGAGAUGCCAAGCAGCGACUGAGUGCUGCCCAAGUCCUGCAGCACCCCUGGGUGCAGGGGUGUGCUCCAGAGAACACCCUGCCCACGCCCAUGGUCCUGCAGAGGAACAGCUGUGCCAAAGACCUCACGUCCUUUGCAGCCGAGGCCAUCGCCAUGAACCGGCAGCUGGCCCAGCGGGAAGAGGAUGCGGCCGAGGAGGCAGCCGCAGGGCAGGGCCCGCCCCUCGUCAUCCGCGCUACCUCACGUUGCCUGCAGCUGUCCCCGCCCUCUGAGUCCAAGCUUGCCCAGCGGAGACAGAGGGCCAGUCUGUCCUCCGCCCCCGUGGUUCUGGUGGGAGACCGCGCGUGACCCCUCCCGUGGCUGUCCAUGUACAUAGGUCGCCCCUGCCCCUGCCCCAUCAGAUCUGAAAGGUUUUUAAGCUACAGCCAGCAGGGACCAGGGCCGCCCUCCCCUCUGGCUGCUUCCCCAGGCUGAGCUCAGCUGAGGGUGGUUUUUAUAGAAGGUUUUUGCUGUUCGGGUUUUUUUCCUCUUUUCCCCAAGCCCCCCCUCUCAUCUUUUGUUUUUAUGUGUUUUGUUUUGUUUUGUUCCUAUUAACAAUGUUCAAAGCAAGUGCCCGGGGAGGAAAGCGGAGGCCGCAUGGCCUGGAGUCCCCUCCGCUGCCCCGUGAUGUUCACCUGUACUGUGAAGGUCUCCCCGCCACCCAGUCACCUGCGCCCCUGCCACCUCCCACGUCGCCCACCUCCAGCCACUUUGCUGUCUUCCAGCACCAGGGGAGUGCACAGGGGCCCCAGCUCCCUUCCCAGCCCUUGGUGUUUUCAGGAAUGGCCCCCUCAGCGGUCUCUUGGCUUGGGGAGGGCAGGGGGUGCUCCGUCUCCAUAGGCAGGGCGGAUGGCUGCCCACCCCUAUUCCUGCCCCCUAGACCUGAGCUCCCACUUGCCCUGUCCCCGAGAGUUGACAAUCGGGGUUUUUCCCAGGCCUGUCUGAGCAGGCCCCUGCCAGCUGGACUCGGCCUUUGACCUUGACCUUAUACUACAGCUGACGGGGAUGUACCCCUCUCCCCCCAGGAUUGAAGCUGGAGCCUGGCAUCAGCCAUGCGCCUCUGGCCCCAGGCAGGCACCCAUCUGCCAACAUGGGAUCCCAAAGUGUCCCCACCCCAUUGGGCACCCGAGUGCCCCUUCUCAGGGCUCAGUCUGGCCACAGCCACGUUCUGCCCCACACCGCCCCUGGGUCUGGCCUUCGGAGGCUCUGCUGGCCCCAUACCCAUCCCUGGAGCUGGAGCUGGACCCAGGGGUUCCCCCUGAGAAUUCCCCACCCUGUUUCCCAAGGGCAGCAUUUUAGCUGUACCCUCUUUCAGGAAAGCAGCUGCAGCUGCCUCAGCUUCCCAUGGGGCACCCAGAAAUGGUCAGGGAGGGUCCCCUGGGUGCCACCCCACCCACAUUUCCCCCCAGCUCCAACCAGGCACCUGGUCAGCCUAUCGGGGGCAGAGGAGCCUGGGCCACACUCCUGUCCUUGGCCAGCCGUGAACUACUAUGCAAUAUGAGUUCCCAUUUUCUACGUGCACGCGUGGCCCUGCAGGUCGGGGGCGCCUGGGCCCCAGUAUGCCCUGCCCAGCCUGGCCCAGGGUCUGCUCAGGUGUCUGGGUCAGGGCAGGGCUGCUUCCUUGGCCUCCAAAUCUGUGGUCGGGAUUGUUUGUUGUGUUUAGUUUUUUUAAAAAAGAAAACAAAAACAAAAUAUCAUCUGACUUGCUUCUCUGUUCUCGAAGAAUACUUGAAUGUUGAGGGGCCUUAUGGGUAGGGGGCUCAGACUCUGCUCAGCCGCCUUCCCCCAAAGUCUCGUACAGUUGUCAGUCUGGGGGGUGGUGGGGGUGCCAUGCCCUCUCCAGUCCGCGGUCUGUGGACUGGCCUUUCCAAAGACCCAGGGGUGCUUCCUGCCCCCACCUCCCAUCGCUUGCCUAUCUGUGGUCCUGCCUACUGGGGGCUCUUCACCUUCUCAAGUGAAAGAACAAAUGGACCUUAGCCUGCCGCAGAUGUCGUGACCACUGGAUUCCAAAUGCAGGGCAAUGAGCAGCUUUCAAUUUUUGUGUUUUUCCCCUCAAGAGGUAGGACUGUCACUUCCUGUUUCCCGCUGUUGCCUCCAUGCUGCAGCAGAGAGGGCAAGUCAGAACCAUUACUGUGAACGAGUGGAUGACCCUGCAGCAGCAGCACUGGCUGAGGGAGGGGACAGCCACGGACGAUGACGUGUAAGAAGACACACUUUGAAACUUUUUUUAAAAAGUGGGACGAGGACAUCCAAGCACUUUAAACAGCAUUGUACCAGGUGAACAGACAGCGCAGAAGUUUUCCUUCACACCAACUGUCAAUGCCAGAAUUUUGUAUUCUGUUUUGUAAGGAUUUAAUAAAAGUCAAAAACCUGGC